AUGCUAUACGUGCCAGGAUCUAAUUCGCGGAUGCUCGAGAAGGCGUUCGCUUCUCCAGCCGACUCGGUGUCAUACGACCUCGAGGAUAGCGUCUCGCCUGGUAAGAAGGCCGAGGCGAGGCGGAUCGUAGCUGAGCUUCUGGACGGGGAACGCAGGGUCAAGGGCGAGGUCAUGGCGCGGAUCAACGCUGUUGGGACGGGAUUCGAGCAGGAUGAUGUGGAUACUAUCCUUCGCACCCGCCAUGUCGAAGCCAUAGCCCUGCCCAAGACGAAUCACCCCGACCACCUCGCCUGGCUCGUCUCGCGUAUAAAACAGCUCUGUCCGCCCGAGAAACAAGCGAAUGGCUCGAAUCCACUCCGGAUCAUCGGAAUGAUUGAGUCUGCUGAGGCUAUGGUUGGGAUCAGGGAGAUUGCGAGGGCGGGAGAGGGGCAUCUGAACGCUUUGCUCUUCGCGGCGGAAGACUACUGUGCGGACGUGGGUAUCACCCGGACAGCGGAGCGGACGGAGCUGCUCUACCCGAGGAGCCAGCUCGUCACGACGGCGAAGGCUUUUGGGCUACAGGCGAUAGAUUUGGUAUGCGUGGACUACAAAGAUGAAGAAGCACUCCGAAGGGAAUGCGAGGAAGGGAGAAGACUAGGCUUUGACGGAAAGCAAGCCAUUCAUCCCGCUCAGGUCGAUAUCAUCCACUCCGCCUACUCUCCCUCAGAGGCCGCCGUCCGUCAUGCUGCGAGAGUGCAGGUCUCGUUCGAGAUGAAUGAUCGACUGGGGAAGGGGAGUUAUUCGCUGGAUGGGAAGAUGAUCGAUGCGCCAGUGUACAAGCAGGGUUUGAGGGUUCUGCUGAAAGCGCGAGCGGCGGGUAUGGCCAUACCGGAAAUCAGCGAAGACGAUGUCAAGGCUUGA